AUCAAAACCGCGCUGAGCGAUCCUGUGAGUGAUCCUGCUGGAGGUGGAGGAAAUUUUACGGACUACAGAAUUCCUGAUAUCAAAAUGAAUGUGCAUUAUAUUCACGUCCUCUCAUGACUGGCAUUACUUAUCCUCGAUAACUAUUUGGAGUUGUCGCCUUAGUCUUCGACUCAGUUACUCAAAGUGCAUUAUAUUCACGUCCUCUAAUACGUUUCCUUACACAACAUGUACAAAUCACAUCUGCAUUUUUCUCUUUCAUAGUCUCAACGGUGGGCGGUUUCCUUGCGAGCAUGAGCGGAGCGCCGGAUUCGCUCGUGACAGCAACCUCUGUAAAGAGUGUGUACCCCAUGCCAGAUGGAGCAGCAGUAGCUGAAUUCAAUUGCGGACUUCUGUGCUGGCUUGGCUUAGACGGUACUAACUCUACGGAGGUACUAGGGAAUCUGACUGAAGGCCUUCAGGGUAGGCAAGGAGAUACUGGCGGCGCAGCGA